GUUUCCAAACAUGAGAGAAGGAGGAGAGAGCAGCGGUGCAAAACCCGCAAGUGGUCGCAAAGCACUUAAUAAGUAUAAAGCUAGCAUACUGGCUCAGAAGACAUUGGAAGGCGAAUGGGACAGGGUUAUGCAGAUGUACAAAGAUUUUCCGGGGGCUCACACGGAAAGGAUCAGCAACGAUGACAACAACACCGCCUUGCACGUGGCCGUCGACUUGGACAAUGAAGAAGUAGUGAUGGAGCUGGUGAAAACAAUAAUCGAGUAUGAAAAAGAAAAAGAAAAAGAAGGAGAAGGAAUAAAAGCCCUAGAAGUGAUGAAUAAAAAUGGGGACACAGCUCUACACAUUGCAGCAUCAAGGGGUUUUACAAACAUAUGCAGGUGCAUCAUUGGAGAGAAAAUGGAGAGGAAGCGUUUGUUGAGAUUGAAGAACAAGAAAGGGGAGACGCCUUUCUUUCUAGCUGCACUCAACUGGCACAAACACUGCUUUGCUUACCUCUCUGGUGUGCUCCAAGACCUGAUGGAUAAGGAAGUUGUUGACAUUUUACUUCUCAUGACACGCGGCUUCCAAACAGACAAAACCAAGAGAAGAGAAGGAGAGAGCAUUCUUCACUGUGCCAUCAACAGAGAAUGUUUCGAUUUGGCUUUCAUAUUAGCCAGUAAGCAUCCUUUCCUUACUAUCCAUGCCCAUAAUGGAAUCACUCCACUCCAUCUUCUUGCCAAAAGACCCUCAGCCUUCAAAAGUACAACCAAACUUUCACGCGGCAAGCAAUUGCUCUACCACGUUAUACCUGUAGGAAAACUAGAUGCUGAAAAGAGAAUGAAAAAAUACACGGAAGAGAUUGAAGGGCUUCCAUUAUCCAACAACUCAAAGAAAAUAGAGGGAAAGGAGGCACGACGUAGUUGGGUAGGCAAAUUACUACAUCGUUUGCAGAGACAAAGGGAUGAACAUGACGAAGAAAACGCAUCCAAAUACUUAGAAAAACAUGGAACUGACGCAUUUUUUCCACCAAAUUAUAAUACCAUCAUAGAAUUCAUCAAAUCGGUAUACGUGCAUUCUUUCCUCGUCCGUUUGGUAGACGGGUUCAAGGAGGUAAGAGGAACAAAGCAGAAGCACGUAUGGUGUGGUCAACUCUUGGAUGAACUCAUGGAGGAAAACCCUUACGACGCAUUCACCGGCAAGGGGGGAGAUCAACCUCCUCACGAGCCUUUCUCUGAAGAUGCAAAUUGGGGAUUUGACCCUACUGAAGAUCUGUACGAGGAAAUAGCGUCGGUUGUUCACCGACGAGGAGGGACUUCUUCAAGUUCGAAAAAACAGGAAAAAAAUACAUUUUCAAGUCCAAGUGGUACAACAGGAGCUCCAACUGAUCAAAAGGAUGACUCAAAGGAGGGAAUAACUAAAUCUGGCGACUUGAUUUUAAAAUGUUGUGAUUGCGUUAUGUCUAAUGUGAAGAAUGUAGAAGAUUGUGAAAGAAUUAUUAAGCCAAUGCUGCCACAAUUACUGAUGAAAUGCGGCUGCGGUAGAACCGAUUGUAAAAGCAAUAUUGUAGCCGCAAUUGCAGUUGCAGAUCACAAUACAGAAGAUACAAGUGAUGACAGCAAAAAGGAGACACCAUAUUUGUUAGCAGCGAAGAACGGUAUCAUUGAAUUGGUGACCAAAAUUCAAGAAAAGAUACCGAGUGCUAUCCAUAGCACCAAUGCAAAGAAUCAAAAUGUGUUGCUUGUGGCGGUGAAAAAUAGGCAACCCGAAGUUGUUCUGGAAAUAAAAAAGAGAUCAAAAAUACGAUUUUGGAAUAACUUAGUUAUUGGAGUGGAUGAUGAUGAAAACACGUUGUUGCACUUGGCAGCUGAGGGUUUAAAAGGAGACAAGUCUUGGCAAAUAGCUGGCUCUGCUUUACAAAUGAUGUGGGAUAUCAAGUGGUAUCAGUAUAUAAGGGACAUUGUGCCUAGUCAUUGCCACUUCAGAAGCAACAAGGAUUCAAAAACGGCAGCUCAAAUCUUCAAUACAUCACACGAGGGGCUCAUCCAAGAGGCUAGUCAGUGGCUGAAGGAUACAUCGGAAUCUUGCUCUGUGGUGGCAGCUCUGGUGGCCGGUGUUUCCUUUGCCACAGCUAGUAAUGUCCCCGGAGGCUACGACAACGGCCAGGCACCACUAGAGGGACAACCGGCGUUCGAGGUAUUCGCCAUGGCUUCUCUAGUUGGACUGUGUUUCUCCGUCACUGGACUCAUAAUGUUCCUUUCCAUCCUGACCUCAAGAAAGGUGGCGAAUGAUUUUCAAAGGAGUUUGCCACUGAAACUCCUUGCAGGGCUGAGUUCUCUGUUUGUUUCCAUCAUAACCAUGUUUGUGUCCUUCUGCUCUGGCCAUUUCUUUCUUGUUAACCAUAAAUACAAGUCAAUCCUGUUCCCUUUAUACGCUGCCACUUCCAUACCCGUCGCUUUCUAUGCCUUGGCUCAGUUUCCACUCUACCUUGAUCUUCUCACAGCUAUUCUCACUACAAUUCCAACUACAAGUGAUGUAGGUGAAAUUCUGUGAUUUAUUUACCGAGAUAUAUAACAACUCAUUUUAUAGAGAAUCAAAUAAUUCCGUGUGGUAGCACAUGCUCGCACGUGCAUGUCAAUUUGUCAUGUUGGUCUGGUGUUGCUUAGCUUGUGCUAAUAAAUUAUUUUUCGUUUUAGAUAUGUGUGUUUAUCUAUUAUGAGAUCAGAACUUCUGAUUUAUGGUUAAUG